AUGCACGAACAUGUUGAAGGGUUACAUGGGGUGGAAGUGAUAGCAGAUGAUUUUGUUGUGGUUGGGUUUGGAAGUACCCCAGAGGAGUGGAAUGCUGACCAUGACCGCAAUGUCCGUGCUUUUCUGGAGCGCUGUCGGGAGAAGAACCUGAAGCUCAAGAAAGAAAAAGCUCA